CUCUGAUUGGCUGCGAGCUGACCAACCAGAGGCUGACAGGACUCUGCAGCGGCGUUAGCAGCAUUAGCAGGAUGUUUGUAAAAGUUUGGAUUUCGCUGUUUGUCUUCUGUAUUUUCCAGUAUGAAGCCGCUGAAGCGCAGAAGAAGAAAGAGACUCUGCUGUCAGAGAAAAUGUCUCAGAUGAUGGACUGGGCGUCGAAGCGUUCGGUCAUCAGGAUGAAUGGAGAUAAAUUCAGACGCUUCGUUAAGGCUCCGCCCAGAAACUACUCCGUGGUCAUCAUGUUCACGGCGCUGCAGCCUCAGAGACAGUGUGGAGUCUGCAAACAGGCGGACGAGGAGUUCCAGGUGCUGGCUAACUCCUGGAGAUAUUCGUCUGCGUUCACCAACAAAGUCUUCUUUGCUUCUGUCGACUUCGACGAGGGAUCAGACGUCUUCCAGAUGCUGAACAUGAAUUCUGCUCCGACCUUCCUCCACUUUCCGUCUAAAGGGAAACCUCGUCGCACUGACACGUACGAGCUGCAGGUCCGAGGCUUCGCUGCCGAGCAGCUCGCUCGCUGGGUGGCUGACAGGACGGACGUACAGAUCAGGGUGAUUCGGCCUCCAAACUACGCCGGCCCUCUGCUGCUCGGCCUCCUGCUCGCUGUGAUUGGAGGACUCGCUUACCUGCGCAGACACAACCUGGAGUUCCUGUUCAACAGGAAUGUGUGGGCCUUCUCUGCUCUGUGUUUUGUGCUGAUCAUGACUUCAGGUCAGAUGUGGAAUCACAUUAGAGGACCACCGUACGCUCACAAGAACCCCAGCACCGGACAAGUGAGUUACAUCCAUGGAAGCAGUCAGGCUCAGUUUGUGGCUGAGACUCACAUCGUCCUCAUCUUCAAUGCUGCUGUUACCAUGGGGAUGGUACUGCUGUGUGAGGCUGCUACCUCUGACCUCGACAUCGGCAAGAGGAAGAUCAUGUGCGUUGCAGGUGUGGGUCUCGUGAUGCUCUUCUUCAGCUGGCUGUUGUCCAUCUUCAGAGCAAAGUAUCAUGGUUACCCGUACAGCUUUCUGUUGUCUUAAAGCGACGGCAUCCUCAAAGCUUCAACCUCAGGACAGGAAGUCCCUGUCAUCAGGCAGGGUUUCCCCGACAACACGUCUGUUAGAUAAUCCAUGUCAACACACACACACACACACACA